GAGACUAUACUUCCGCCAUCCAGAGCCAUGGCUGCUGCAACCCGCAAAAAAGCCUUGAGAUUUCUCUCUCAGUUUGGAGCCUUUAUUCUAACCCGAUUCGGGUUCUGGAACUGUUUCAGUAUGCUGAUGCUGUUUGCGGAGCGGGCAGAUGUGAAAAGGAAGCCAGAUAUCCAGGUGCCAUACCUGUACAUAGAUAUGGGAGCUGCAGUGUUGUGUGCCAGCUUCAUGUCAUUUGGGGUGAAGAGAAGAUGGUUUGCCAUGGCUGCUGCCAUUCACUUGGCUCUGAGCACAUAUGUGUCCUAUGUUGGUGGUCAGGUCCAUUAUGAUGACUGGUUAAAGGUGAGAAUGUACUCCAGAGCAAUGGCUAUCGUUGGAGGGUUUCUGGUGUUGGCUAGUGGAGCAGGAGAGGUUUAUAGACAGAAACCUCGCACACGCUCCCUGCAGUCUACUGGACAGGUCUUUAUAGGCAUCUACUUGAUAUGUAUGGCGUACUUGCUACAGCAUAGUAAAGAAGACAGGCUUGCCUACCUGGACCACAUUCCUGGUGGAGAAAUCACUGUCCAGCUACUGGUGGUUGUGUUUGGAGUUCUAGCACUUGCCUACCUUUCUGGCUGGUAUGUGCACGUGGCCUCCCAGAUCCUGGCAGUUCUGUUACCUUUGGUUGUGCUAUUCAUUGACGGCAACAUCGGCUAUUGGCACCGAACCCGUCGUGUGGAGUUCUGGAACCAGAUGAAGCUCAUUGGGCAGAAUGUGGGCAUCUUUGGAGCUGUGCUUAUUCUGGCCACAGACAGCUAAAGACAACAUCUCUGUGAAGGGGAGCAUGUGUCUCAGGGGAUCAUUUGAUGAUAUUAAAGAGAUUAUUGGCCAGGUACUGACAGAGCACUCAAAUGUAAUGCAGAUACAAUUUUCAGCUUGCUCGGCCGUGUGACUCGUUCCCCUUUGGAAUUACUGAUGGCAAAUAUUAAGUCUUCAAAACACAGUUUACAUUCCACUUGUGUUCUUUUUCUAAUGGUUUAUUUAAAUAAAUAAAUAAAUAAAAACAAUACAUGUCUCAAAAUAAAGUUCAAUGAUAAAUGAUGGGCAGUUUAGGAAAACACUAUGGUUAAGUGACAAAUGGGAUUUCCCCCCACAUCUUAUAGGCAGUUAAAAUAGCACUGCAUUUUACUGCUUGCAUUCAGUCUGAAUUCCUUAAAUGAUUUGUAAAUAAAAUAUUUAAAUAUUAAUGUCAAUUAAAAAUAAUUUUCUACAGCCCUCUGGUAUAUCCUAAAUGUUCUGUGUUUUGCAGCAUUUAAUUUUUAUCCAAAGCAAUUAACAGUGCAUUCAGGGUUGAGGAGUAUGUUUGUUCCCUGGUAAUCAUUGGUAUUGCCUUGCCCGUUCAGUUAAGCUUCAGGAAUGCACUGUAUGCAUUGGAUAGCAUACAGUAUGUACACUGAUCAGAAACAACAUUAAAACCACUGAGAGGUGAAGUGAAUGGCAUUUAUUAUCUCGUUACAAUCGCACCUGUUAGGGGUGGGAUAUAUUAGGCAACAAGUGAACAGUCAUUGACAAGGGCCAAAUUCUGAGGACUAGACAACUGGGUCAGAGCAUUUUCAAAACGGUAGGUCUUGUGGGGUGUUCCCAAUAUGCAGUGUUUAGUACCUAUUAAAAGUGGUCCAAGGAAGGACAACCGGUGAAAUGGCAACUGGGUCAUGGGUGCCCAAGGCUCAUUGAUGCAUGUGUGGAGUGAAGGCUAGUCGUCUGGUCUGAUCCCAAAGAAAAGCUACUGUAGCACAAACUGCUGAAACAACAUAAUGAUUAAAAGGUGUCAGAGCACACAGUAUGGGGCUGCGUAGUCACAGACAGGUCAGAUGCUGACCCCCGUCCACUGCCGAAAGCACCCUCAAUGAGCACUUGAGCGUCAGAACUGGACCAUGGAGCAAUGGAAGCAGUUGGCUUGGUCUGAUGAAUCACAUUUUCUUUUAGAUCACGUGGACGGCUGGGUGUGUGUGCGUCAUUAACCUGGGGAAGUGAUGGCAGCAGGCCCAG